AUGUUCCAAUGGGCUUUAGAAAAACCACCAAAAAGGCUCAGCCAAUCAGAGCGGCGUCGAACGGCCCUCGCCGCACCGUGCGACUUCCCGCUCCACUACGACUCCCCGCUUUGCUACGACUCCCCGCUUUGCUACGACUCCCCGCUUUGCUACGACUCCCCGCUCCACUGCGACCCCCCACUCCACUGCGACUUCCUGCUCCGCUACAACUCCCCACACUGCGUGCCGCUACGACUGCCCGCUCCGCUACGACUCCCCGCUCCGCUACGACUCCCCGCACGGCUACGACUCCCCGCUCCGCUACGACUCCCCGCUCCGCUACAACUCCCGCUCCGCUACGACUCUCCCACCGCUACAACUCCCCGCUCCGCUACGACUCCCCGCACCGCUACGACUCUCCCACCGCUACAACUCCCCGCUCCGCUACGACUCCCCGCACCGCUACAACUCCCCGCUCCGCUACGACUCCCCGCACCGCUACGACUCUCCCACCGCUACAACUCCCCGCUCCGCUACGACUCCCCGCUCCGCUACGACUCCCCGCACCGCUACGACUCUCCCACCGCUACAACUCCCCGCUCCGCUACGACUCUCCCACCGCUACGACUCUCCCACCGCUACGACUCCCCGCUCCGCUACAACUCCCCGCUCCGCUACGACUCCCCGCUCCGCUACGACUCCCCGCUCCGCUACAACUCCCCGCUCCGCUACGACUCCCCGCUCCGCUACGACUCUCCCACCGCUACAACUCCCCGCUCCGCUACGACUCCCCGCACCGCUACAACUCCCCGCUCCGCUACGACUCCCCCGCACGGCUACGACUCCCCGCUCCGCUACGACUCCCCGCACCGCUACGACUCCCCGCUCCGCUACGACUCCCCACUCCGCUACGACUCCCCGCACGGCUACGACUCCCCGCUCCGCUACGACUCCCCGCUCCGCUACGACUCCCCGCUCCGCUACGACUCCCCGCUCCGCUACGACUCCCCGCACCGCUACAACUCCCCGCUCCGCUACGACUCCCCGCACGGCUACGACUCCCCGCUCCGCUACGACUCCCCGCACGGCUACGACUCCCCGCUCCGCUACGACUCCCCGCUCCGCUACGACUCCCCGCACGGCUACGACUCCCCGCUCCGCUACGACUCCCCGCACGGCUACGACUCCCCCGCUCCGCUACGACUCCCCGCUCCGCUACGACUCCCCGCACGGCUACGACUCCCCGCUCCGCUACAACUCCCCGCUCCGCUACGACUCCCCGCUCCGCUACGACUCUCCCACCGCUACGACUCCCCGCUCCGCUACGACUCCCCGCUCCGCUACAACUCCCCGCUCCGCUACGACUCUCCCACCGCUACGACUCCCCGCUCCGCUACAACUCCCCGCUCCGCUACGACUCUCCCACCGCUACGACUCCCCGCACAGCUACGACUCUCCCACCGCUACAACUCUCCGCUCCGCUACGACUCUCCCACCGCUACGACUCCCCGCUCCGCUACGACCCCCCGCUCCGCUACGACCCCCCGCUCCGCUACGACUCUCCGCACGGCUACGACUCUCCGCACGGCAACGACUCUCCGCACGGCUACGACUCUCCCACCGCUACAACUCCCCGCACAGCUACGACUCCCGCUCCGCUACGACUCCCCGCACGGCUACGACUCUCCCACCGCUACGACUCCCCGCACCGCGCGACACCCGCUCCGCUACGACUCCCGGCACAGCUACGACUCCCCGCAUCGCGCAACUCGCCUCAACCCGCAAUUCCCCUCCCCGUGA